AUGUACCGUACCUUGCCUUCAACGUCUACCACUCAAUAUACAGAAUGGAAACCCAAAUCAUGCACGGUGCCGGAUCUCACGCUGUCAAAUCUACAAUUCAAGCCGAUUCCUUACAUGUUCCAGCCAGAGGAUUUUGAUGAAGGUGACAACUUUCUGACCGGGCUCCGGGUGCUUUGUGGUGUAGGUGAUCCCGCCAUGAGGAAGGGUGUGGCUUACUACAUCUACGCUGGCGGAAAAUCCAUGCCGAGCAACCAAGCCUUCACUAGCUCCGACGGAGACAUGUUGAUAGUGCCUCAGCGAGGUUGUAUAGAUCUUCAAACGGAAAUGGGCCCGAUGAGACUACGCCCUGGCGAGAUUGCGGUCAUUCCUCGGGGAGUUCGUUUUCAUGUGUCCAUAGUAGCGGGCCCCAUCCGCGGUUAUGUCCUUGAAACCUUUAUAAAUCAUUUUGAAUUACCAGAGUUGGGUGCCAUUGGUAGCUGGGGCCUCGCAAACCCUAGAGAUUUUCAGGUUCCUCGACUCCAGUCAUACAAGCCUGGGGCGGAUACAAAAAUCAUUAACAAGUACUGCGGCAACCUCUUUUCUGCAACCAUGAAGGGGACUGUCUUUAACGUCAUUGGGUGGCACGGUACCAGCUUCCCAUACAAGUAUGACCUGGGUAAAUUUUGUACGAUGGUUGCUAUUUCGUACGAUCAUGCAGAUCCCUGUAUCUGGACUGUUUUGACAGUCAAGAGUGAAGAUGCCGCCAUACCUGCUGUUGAUGUGCUUGCCAUUCCUCCAAGAUGGGUUGUUCAUGAAGACACGUUCAGGCCACCCUCGUUCCACCGCAACGCUGCAUGCGAAUUUAUCGCCAUUAUCAAAGGCUCACUAGAUGGGCAGUCCGACGCCAGCGGGCUGGCGACCAUCCACAACGGGAUGACUCCACAUGGGCCUACUCGAACAGAGUGGGAGACAGGUGUAUCAGAAGAACAAGUCCCCGUCCGAAUAAGUGAUGAUAACAUGCUGGUGAUGUUUGAAAGCAGCUAUGCGCUGGGAAUCGCCGACUGGGCGGUUGGUGGCAAGACAGUUGGAAUAGGGAAUAGAUACAGCGAGAUGGAACCCACAAAAAUCUAA